CCCCUCUCUCUCUCUCUCCUCCGCUUCUUCUCCCCCACCAAAAAGCAGGCCAUAGCAGGAGAAAAUUAGAGCGAAAUAGAAACCCUUGAUUUCAAUCUCCAAACCCCUCCGCCGUACUCCGAUUAAGCGCCUCUCAGCCCGCCGGAAACCUCACGGUCUAUUUGUAGGAUCUCCAUUCAGCUGAGGGAGUUGGGAGAUUUCUGUAAUAGAGUUCAUAAGAUUAACGAGAGGAAGAGAGAGAGAUGUAUGUGGUACCUCCACCGCAGCGAUCUGAUCCGCUUUCCGGAUCCUCCAGCGGUUCUACUGAUUUACGAGUCUACCAAGCUUGGAAAGGAAGCAAUAUUUUUUUCCUCCAAGGAAGGUUCAUUUUUGGACCAGAUGUUAGGUCAUUGGUGCUGACAAUAUUUCUUAUUGUUGCUCCUGUUUCCAUUUUCUGUGUAUUUGUUGCCAAGAAACUGAUGGACGACUUUUCUGGUGAUUGGGGAAUAUCGAUAAUGGUUGUUGCUGUUGUAUUUACAGUCUUCAUUUUAGUCCUACUGCUGCUUACCUCAGGAAGAGAUCCUGGAAUAAUUCCUCGGAACGCACACCCACCCGAACCUGAAGCCUAUGAAGGGAGUGUUGAUACUGGGUCUGCACAAACUCCCCAAUUACGAUUGCCUCGUAUCAAGGAAGUAGAGGUCAAUGGAAUCACUGUUAAAAUCAAGUAUUGUGACACUUGCAUGCUUUAUAGGCCUCCUCGCUGCUCACACUGUUCAAUUUGCAAUAACUGCGUGGAAAGAUUUGACCAUCAUUGUCCUUGGGUUGGGCAGUGUAUUGGUCUGAGAAACUAUCGGUUCUUCUUCAUGUUCGUCUUCUCAACAACACUUCUUUGCAUAUACGUUUUCUCAUUCUGCUGGGUCUACAUCAGGAGGAUUAUGUCAGCAGAGGAUACAUCCAUCUGGAAAGCAAUGAUUAAGACUCCAGCCUCCAUCGUGCUAAUCAUUUAUACUUUCAUCUCAAUGUGGUUCGUAGGUGGCCUUACUGCCUUCCAUUUAUAUCUUGUCAGCACAAACCAGACUACCUAUGAGAAUUUUAGAUAUCGUUACGAUCGUAGAGCCAACCCAUAUAAUAAGGGAGUGUUGGACAACUUUAGGGAAAUCUUUUGCUCCAGCAUUCCUGCAUCCAAGAACAAUUUCAGAGCAACUGUGCCGAAAGAGCCCGUUUUACCUCCCACUCGUCUAGGAAGUGGCGGUUUUAUGAGUCCGAAUGUAGGCAAAGGGGUGGAGGACAUAGAAAUGGGCAGGAAAACAGUAUGGGGAGACAUGAAUUCUGGAGCGGAUCCGUUUGACGGGCAACCUCAGAUCAGCGAGCGGUUGAAUGUAAAAGAAGGUGAACUUGGUGAAGCAUCUCCAGAUAUAAGGACUGCAGUGGAAGAAGCUGGAGAACGCGGCGGAUUACAUCCUAGGCGUUCCAGUUGGGGAAGGAAAAGCGGAAGCUGGGACAUGUCGCCUGAAGUCGUCGCCUUGGCAGCCAGGGCUGGCGAAAACCGCGUGGCAGGGAGCAGCGGCAGUGGCAACUUGACAGUCGACAACCGAGAAACACGUGAUCAUUGAUAAAACUUGCAAACAGAUUUAGAGGUUAUAAAAAGAAAAAUGCUUGAAGAGAAACGAAUUUUAGAGUCUAAUUUUAUGGGUUUGAAGUGGGAUUUGUUGAGGUUUGAGGGUUUGUGAUUCGAUUCAGCUUCCACAUUAAAAUUAUGUGCAAAUAUGCAGGACAGGCGAGAGAGAGAGAGAGAGAGGGAGAGGGAGAGGGGGAGGGGGAACUUGAUUUGGCAGAUGUAAAUGUUGAUUUGGGUGUGUGUUAUUGUACGAGUGAGUUUUUCUCCAGUUCUGAUUUUUCUUCUCUACUWCAUUUGUGGAAUCAGCUAGCCAAUUGUAAUGCAUUUGUGAAAUUAGUGUGCUAAAUUAGCAGUUUCUCUUCAUUACCACACUGAAA